UCUAAAACCCUACUGGGAACGGCCAAAACCCUUCCUCUGAAACAAUAUCCGAGACACCUCUCUCUCUGAAGAACGAAUUUUUCAGGAAUGGCUGAUUCGGAAGCAAAAUCCAAGGAGGGAAAUAUGAAGAAAAACAAAAAGCGGAAGCUAAGUAGUCCCGAAGAAGCCGAAAUACCUCCCAAAACGCAACGUAUAGUACUCUCAGAGAAUCGCAGAGAACAAACAGAUGUAGAGCGUGCCGAAGAGUUGGAGCAGAGAGACCCGAAUCAGGAGCUCAUAGAAGAAGGUUCCCCGUGGAGGAACCUGCAAUUGAUUUUAUCGUUACAGAACAAAGAGCUCGAUCUUCAUAAGAAACUGGAAUUAGCUUCUAGUUUUGUGAAAACGAGGGUCGCGGAAAAAGGCAACAGUGCUGACCAAGAUUACGAACCUGUAAAAUUAUCCCGUUUGGUAGUUUUCCUUAAUGAUUGGACCCAAUCAGUGUUGAUUUCUUCAGAAAAGAAAAUGAGGGGUGACGGGCAGAAACCUCAGGAUGAAGUUAUCGAGACGUGUCUAGAUUUUAGAUGCUGGGAGAUUUUCAAAUUUUGUUUGGAGGAGUCGUCGAGACUACAAGUUCCUUUAAAUUUUUCGCGGAACCUAUUACGGCCUAUUCUUUAUAUCGCAAAAGAUGCAGUGUCUCUAAUGAAUAAUACGUUGUCCUGGUCACGAAAAUCUGUUUUUUUCGACGCAAGGUUUAAACUGUACAUUGCCGUACUUGAUUGUAUUUCUUUGGUCUUCUCAUCCCAUGAUGGCUUGUCGAAUGAAAAUUUAGACUUGUGGAUGUCAACGGUUGAUGCAGUGCUCGAGCUUGUCUUCAAAUUUUACACCAAGAAUCUUGAUGGCGACAAUAUGGGUGUUUUUGCCCUCCGGUUUUCGUGCUCAGUGCUUGAGCCAUUUGCCAUGUUCCUGAGGGCCCACCCAACUCGGAAAACAGGAUUUCAUGAUUUUAUAGAUAAACUUCUUGAGCCACUGAUGCAUUUGCUGGCUGUCUUGCACCUACAAAUUGGCGGAAGUAAUUCUCAUUGGACAGGAAACUUACUGAAUUUGGUUGAAGAUGUUUUGUCUAAUGGGCUGUUUCAUCCAAUCCAUAUUGAUGGGUUUCUGAGCUUGCACAGUACAGAUAAGUAUGCCACAUCUCAUGAUGGGAAAUCAAAUAACAAAAAAACUGUCAUUAAGAGUUAUCAUAGACACUUAUUUGAUAAAUUGGAAAGAACUCUGACAGAAAAGGUAUCAGCAAUGGGUAGCAUUGGAGAACUGUUCCACUUGCUUGUUAAUCGUGUGAAGUUGUUAAAAAAAUCUUCAGUGCUUUCUUCAGGUACCAAGAUGAGAGCAAGGCACUUGGAGGAUAACUCAUUGAGUCAUGCCUCUAAGAUGUCUUUUGAUAGUAGUAGCUUGCUUAUAAACAAUAGCUAUUACUCGGGGAGAUUUAAUGCAGACACACGAAAGUCUCUUUUUGAUUUUUUUGUACAGAUUAUGGAGCCUCUUUUGCUCAAGCUCAGUGUCUAUCUUCAAGAUAAACUGGAAGUGGAACCUGAGUUGUCGCAGGUUCAUGGAAUACUCCAAUCUAUUAAUAAUUUACUUGCCAGCUUUAUGCAUGAAAAGAUAUAUGUAAGAACAGAGGACACAUCUGAAGGAGCUUGCCUUUAUUUCUUGAAGAAGGUUUAUGAUAUGGUUAUUUCAUCAUUCACCUACUUAAACCGGUUGUCGAAGUUUGAUUUGGAUAACCAUAGACACAUUGACAUGUUAACUUUAUCAGUCAAUGAGGUACUUGUUGCCGUGGGUUAUCUUCUGGAAAUUGAGUAUGAGGUUACAGGGAAUGACUUGGUAAGCUUGUGGCUUAUAAUCUUUUCUUACUCAACAAUUGGCCUGUAUUUGGCGGGUAUGUUGGAUCAAAGCUCAUUAUUUUCCAAGAUAGAAGCUCUUGGAUGCCAACUGAUUAAUCUCUAUGGUCAGCUACGCCAGGUGAAUAGCUGUGUCUUUGCACUGUGUAAAGCAUUAAGGCUUGUAAUAUCACGAGUUGAUGACGGUGAAAUAAAUUGUACUAGAUUUGUUGCUGAUUUACCUACUGAAGCUUAUGCAAGAUCAGUGGGAAUGCUAUUAUGCUCCCAAGAGUUUAAAUGUACCAUUCGUAAUGCCAUUAAAUCUAUUCCAGAAGGGCAAGCGAGUGCAUGUAUCAAGCAAUUAACAGCAGACGUAUCAGAAACCCUGGGAUGGAUGAAAUUUAAUUGUUCAGAGGCCAAGGGAAAAGAAGUUGGCAAACUGAAAGUAGAUAGUGUGCAGAAUCCACCAGCAGAACUUUUGGGGAGGGGAUUGUCUGAAUUGUAUGCUCUAGUUCUAGAUUCGGUGACUGUCACAACGGGUAACAGUAACCUCCUCGGGGUUUCUAUCAAGGACUUGAUGAUGCUACUAGAACCUUGCAUGAAUAGCCUUGUUGCAAUACAGCCAGAUACCAUCAACAUGUUUAUUUCUUCUGUCACAGGAAUAAUUUUUGAUAAUAGGGCUGUUGGGAGUGAAGGUGAUUUACCGAAAUUUGGUCUCCCCACUUGUUGGAUCUUUAUAUUCUUCUUUCAGUUGUACAUGUCCUGCCGAAGCUUAUAUAGGCAGGCAAUAAGCCUUGUGCCUCCAGAUUUAUCAAGAAAGAUGUCAGUUGUAAUGGGGGAUUCAUUCACAGCAUACUCUGGAAAGGAGUGGAUGGAGAGGACUGAUUGGGAUGAUAAAGGCUAUUUUUCUUGGAUUGUCCAGCCUUCAGCUUCUCUUGAUGUUGUUAUACAAUCGGUUUCAAAUAUUUAUCUUCAGAAUAGUACUGAAGAUUGCUCUCCUUUAAUUUAUGUAUUGCAUGCUAUGGCUCUCCAGAGGCUUGUUGAUUUGAAUAGGCAGAUAAAGUCCCUCGAGUAUUUGCAGCAGAGUAAUGAUAAGCUGCUGGAAAAUAAGUUGGUUGACGCUGCUGGAUUGUCAUUAUUUCGUAAAAGAAGUAGAAAGUGGGAAAGGCACAUCUCAGUUUUGAGGCAAGAGGCAGCAAAUCUUACUGAUUUCAUAAUGGGACAUCUACCUUUAGUUGCAAAAGAUCAACAAUCGAUCUCUUCUGAUGUCGCCACUUGUAUGGAUACACCUACCCAAGCUGUGCAUGAAACUGAAGAGUGGGAUUUUGGGAUUUCCUCUGUGAACAAGAAGUCAUUGCCCACUGCUCUUUGGUGGAUUGUAUGCCAAAAUAUUGAUAUUUGGUGCACUCAUGCUGCUAAAAAGAAGUUGAAAAUGUUCCUUUCAAUUUUAAUUUGUACGUCCAUUCCUUCUUUAACAAGCAACUUUCUGAAGGUUGGGAAACAGUGCAUCAAUGAAUCUAGCCAGCCGAAGAAAGUGACUAUGCAUCAAAUCUCUUCAGCACUUCUGAGGGACUCAAUUUUGUAUGAACAUAAAUUUGUUUGCAGGUAUUUUGCAUCAAGAUUUUGCCGUGUAUUGGAGAAAUCGGUGUCACCGUUACUUAGAGAUUUUUCAUCUAGCAAUGUUGAUUUGAAUUCAUCUCCUCAUUGGCCGGAGGUUCUUGGUGCACUUGACAAGUUACCAGUAAAUAUUUCCAGCAAGGAACAUGUUACAUAUGAUCAUUUGUCAGAUUCAAAACUGAUUGCCCAUUCAUCUGAUAAGCUGCCUACCAAAAUCUGCAGUGGAAAAAAUGAUUUACCUUCCACGAAUGUGAACUUUACUGCUUGUCAAAGUUUGCUUAAUCUUCUGUGUUGGAUGCCAAAAGGAUAUUUAAAUUCUAGAUCAUUAUUACUUUAUGCAACUUAUAUACUCAACCUUGAAAGGCUUGUCGUUGGCGGCUUGUUGGAAUGCCAGGGUAGGUUGUGCUCACACAGCCAGCGUGAUCUUUUCAGAUUGUUUGUUUCUUGCCGGAAGGCCUUGAAAUAUAUAAUUGUAGCGGCUUCUGAAAAGAAGAUAGAAACUAGUCAAUCCUUAUUUACUCCUAUAUUCCCUGAGGAUUCAUUUUCUGCUUUAUGGCUUUUCAAGUCAGUAUCUGCAGUGGUCGAGCUUCAACAGGCAGUGUCAGAAGAUAGCACAAGUCAAUUUAAUGAUUUAGUAUUUUCAUUGAUGGAUCACACAUCAUAUGUCUUCUUGACAUUAAGUAGAUAUCAAUUUAGUCAUGUUGUUCAUCUCCUUUUAGAUGCAGAGAAGCCUUCGAACGAGCAGUCCUUUUCUGGCAAUACCAAUCAACAGAAUGACUUGAUUGAAUCUGAUGCUUGUUUGGAUUCCACCAACUGUAUUGAGGCCUGGAAAAGUGCCUGCCUCGUUGCCAAGAUUUUGAAAAAAGAGAUGCAAUGCUUUGUUCUCUCUUUGAAGGAUGCUCUUCAUAGUGAAAAAGUGGGUCUCGGUGUCAAUGUUGUAGAUUUGACUAGAUUUUCUCCUAUAGUUUCUUGCUUUAGUGGGUUUUUAUGGGGUCUAGUGUCUGCAAUCAAUGAUAGAGCUGCAAGAUACAGCGAUAAUAGAGGAAAACUAUUAUGGUGGAAAUGUGAACCUCACUCAGAACUCAACUUUUGUAUAAAUGUGUUUGAAGAGUUCAUUAAUCUUUUCUUGCGCAUGUUUCUCCUUGAUGAUCAACAGCACACAAAUUUCUAUGAUGCUCAAAAUCAUAAAAAGUCAGACUAUAGCCCAGAUUUGUUGGGCACAGAGGAUAUUUCACUGAAAGGCACUGGUGACUGUGCUGAAAUUUCAAGUGGUAUACAUCAGCAAAAAUCGGGUGCUGCAGUGACCUUCCCUGUGUCGUCUGACAUUGAUGAUGACCCUGUAAGUGCUAGUGUUAAAGGGUCGUGGUUGAAAGAUGCAAACUUUGCUGCCAGUAUUUUGAAUGAGGUUGAUUCUUUUGACUCCCAAUGCAUAAACAGGCCUUUGUUGCAUAGGUUGCUCAAUGGGGAUUAUCCUGGAGCAGCUUUUUCACUCAGGCAACUAUUAAUUGCUUCUUCAGCUUUAUUGAGGCUAAAAUUGCAGAUCAAUAGGAGUUCAUCAUUCCCAAGCUUGGUACCAAUCUUUGUUGGCAUCUCACAAGUCUUGUUACUGGAAUUCGUGCAUAUAGUUGAAAUACCACAACCACAUUCUUUUGUUUGGUUGGAUGGUGUUCUGAAGUAUCUGGAAGAGUUGGGAAAUUAUUUUCCUUCUACUAAUCCUACCUUAUCCAGAAAUAUGUAUGCUAAGUUAAUAGAAUUACAUUUAAGGGCUAUAGGAAAAUGCAUAACUUUGCAAGGAAAAAGAGCUACACUAGCAUCUCAUGAGACAGAAUCAAGCACGAAGACACUCCCUGGUCACAUGGGAUUGUCUGAAGCAUCUUAUUCUCCUGCACCAUAUUGCUUGGAUGAAUUUAAAGCUAGGUUAAGGAUGUCGUUCAAAACGUUCAUAAAGAAACCAUCAGAAUUGCAUCUCUUAUCUGCAAUUCAGGCUAUAGAGAGAGCACUAGUGGGGGUCCGGGAAGGAUGUACAAUGAACUAUGACAUAACUGUCGGAGCAGAUGGUGGAAAGGUUUCCUCACUUGUUGCAGCUGGUGUUGAUUGCUUUGAUUUGGUUCUUGAAUUUGUUUCAGGACGCAAACGUUUGAGUGUUGUGAAAAGACACAUCCAGAGCCUAAUUGCAGGCUUGUUCAACAUAAUUCUGCACUUGCAGAAUCCUUUAAUCUUCUAUGGCAGAUUUAUGCGUAGUGAAGGUGACAGUAAUCCGGAUCCAGGAUCAGUCAUUCUUAUGUGUGUUGAAGUACUUAUAAGAGUUUCUGGAAAACAUGCCCUUUUCCAAAUGGAUGCCUGGCAUAUAGCAGCGUCUUUACGUAUACCUGCUGCACUUUUUCAAGAUUUCUGUCAGCUUAAAGAUUCUGAAGCUCCCAUUUCAUCUCAUCCUUCAUUGGUCUCGGAUAACCAAGUCGCCGAUCCACUUGCAAGCAUGAAUGUUUGUGUUGUAGAUCGGUACUUCUCAAUUGACCUAUUUGCUGCAUGUUGUAGAUUAUUGUAUACCAUUCUCAAGCAUCACAAAAGUGAAUGCGAGCGGUGUAUUGCUCUACUUGAAGCUUCUGUUUCUGUUCUUCUUCAUUGUUUGGAGACUGUGGAUACUGAUUCAGUCACUAGAAAAGGAUAUUUUUCAUGGGACUUGGAAGAGGGAGUAAAAUGUGCUUGUUUUCUCAGAAGGAUUUACGAAGAGAUAAGACAGCAAAAGGACAUCCUUGGCCGCCAUUGUUCCCAGUUUUUGUCCAAUUACAUAUGGGUUUUUGUGGGAUAUGGCUCUAGCAAAACUGGCAUCAAAAGGGAAAUAGAUGAAGCUCUAAGACCAGGUAUAUAUGCUUUGAUCGAUGCCUGCUCAGGGGAUGAUCUUCAAUAUCUUCAUACUGUAUUUGGAGAGGGUCCUUGCAGAACCACACUUGCAACUUUGCAACAUGAUUACAAACUGAAUUUCCAGUAUGAAGGAAAAGUCUAGUCGAAAUAUUUUGCCGUCUGGAUAUGAUUCAUCUAAUCGAUACAAUACAAGUCCUACCGGUGUUCUAAAAAAAUAUCAUAAAGGAAGCACAAUCAUGUAAGUAGGAGAUAAAGGCAGCCAUAGGUUUUAUAAUGUUGUAUAAUGCAAAUUGUUUUUUCUUUCUUUCGCCCCACACCUUAGAUUCCUAAAUUGUAGUUUGUUUGAAGUGUACAUAUGAACCAAAUUUGCUUUCAGGAUAUCUUGGUUCCGCUGUUGUCUUUCAGUUAUAAUGGCUUCACCAGUGUUGUAAAUUGCAACCUUUUUUAAAAGCAUUUCCAAAUUUUAAUCGGUACUUUCUCAAUAAUAUGCUGAAUUGUUCUGUUAA